UAUAGCCAGACGUAGUAAUUGUAGACUACCACGAAUGCCCAAGUCUAAAAAGAAAAAGAGGAACUCGGAAAGGUUAACGAUUUCUCAACACGUGUCGCUAAACAUGGAAGAUAACCAGUCUCAAGAGUCGGUAGCCCAGAAUCCUUUGAGUGGAGACGAAAUGUGCUGGUAUGAAGCCACCCCAGAGCCAUUGUCAGAUGCCGAUUUAUUUCCCAUUUUGGCGGCGGAGACACCAGAGAAGCCUGCCAAGAAAAGGAAUCGUGAAUCUCAGUCAGGUGGGCGAAACUGGGAGACGGUUACUGCUGAACUCAUGGAGGCGAUACGAGCAUUGACCAGCAAGCAGGAUGAAACGCUCCGGAGAGUCUCUGCUAUAGGCAUAACUACUGAAGCUACUUCCAAACGGGUUGAGGAGCUGACAACAACUGUCAAACAGCUGUCACUGGAUGUUCAACAACACAAGCAAACACUGGAGAAAAUGAAAGUUGCCAAUACAAAGCUCCAAGAAGAAAAUAAGCACCUGAGAGAAGCUGUUGCUGAGUGUCAACGCUACAGCAGAAGGUGGUCACUUAAGAUGCACGGCGUAAGGGAGUCAAGAGAUGAAGACAUCAGAGGCAAGAUAAUCGACAUCCUUGGGAAAAUGGCACCAAAGCUUCGAGAAGACUUGAAACACGGCAUUGACAUCGUCCAUCGCGUGGGGAAACUGAGAGAUGACGGCGCUGCGAGAUCAACUAUAGUUUUGUUUGCCCUUCGUCGCCUUCGUGAUGCCGUCUGGAAAGAAGCUAAAAACUCUCAGUAUUUGCAGGAGAAUCGUCUCAGGAUCACCGAAGCUCUUUCUCCGGAGGACAGAGCGGCUCGGGAGAAACUCUGGCCUUUGAUUAAGAAGGCGCGUGAUGAAGGGAAAAAGGCUUCAUUCCGUGGUGCUUCGGCUGUCAUCAAUGGAAAAGUUAUUGACUGUCCGGAAUAGCCUCGUUGGCUGAGCAUCUUCUUUCACCAAAGUUAUUAAAGUGC